AUGGUAUCCGUUGGUCCUUCGCCGCCGCUCAUCGAUGAUCCUUUGCCGCCCAGCAGGCAAGAUGCCUGCUUCGAUGCACAGGGCCUGCAAAACGCUAUCGACGACGCCGCAGCUUCUCCACACUUGGAGAGGGAGUCCUCGUUGGAUCUGUUACCGCCUCGAUGCGCCAAAGAGAACCAGGGCCAAGAGCACAUGGCAUGGAAAAAGCAGCUGGUGGUAAGCGCUGUGUCUGCCAUGGAGAGUACCGACGACAGCUUCAUUCGUGCCGCACCUGCCUGGGCAGUGUUGAGUUGGUUCGGCCAAGUUCUCCGCAGCAAGAAGAUGGACGCAGAUGACCUUUACUCCAUGAGUUCUCAGGUAGACUCCAUCGAUGAGUUCUGGUCGCACAGCUGGCGCGGAGUCGUGCUUUUCAAGGUCUGGCUGCUUCUCAUGCUGAAGAAUGGCCGCGCUGCUUGCUUGGGCGGCACACUCAUGGCUUUUCUCGCCGCAUACCUCUCGUACAUGGACCUUCUACCAGGAUGGUACAAAGAGCCACGAAUCCAGGGACCCGGCUACAGCGGAGAGUUCAGGCUCAGCCCAUGGUCGAAUUUGAGCGGAUGUGCUUCGGCCGUGCUGCUGCUGAUCUUCUGGCAAUCCUCGAGCAAGGUCUUCCUGAAUCGUGCCUGCAUCCAUCAAGGCAAUGCCAGGUUGAAAGCAGAGGGCAUCCUGAACCUGGGCGCCUUGCUAAAAAAGUCUCGGACGCUGCUGGUCGUGUGGGACCCCUCCUAUCUCUCGAGGCUAUGGUGUGUUUUCGAGCUUGCCGCAUUUCUCCACGGUCACCGUGAAGACCUUCAGACUAGCUUGAUCAUCAAGCCCACCGUCUUGGUGCCCAUGUCCUUCAUCAUGACGACUACCACUGUGCUCACUCUUCUCUUUGAGACCUGCCUCCCGGAUACGGAUGAGGUUGCCUUCCUGCGUAUAUUCUUGUACGUAUUGGUGCAGUUUCCCAAUAUCUAUCUGUUUCAGAGACUCUGGCAGACAAUCACGGAAGCGGAGAAGCAGUUUGGGAACUUCUCAUGGCAGAAGGUCACCUGCCGCUGCUGUUCGUUAAACCACCGGGACUCAAAAGGCAACGUCAUUCCUUGCGACAGGGUGACCCGCUUCCCUCUGGGGUAUCAAUGGCUGGUUGGGGUGCACAUGGUGAUCCUCUGGGGGCAAUUGGAUCCCGUGGCGGCCCGGGCACAUGGUGCUGCCUACAGUUUUGCAGCUUCGAAGAUGAUAACCACUAUCGCUUGGCUUCUCUGGAUCGUGCCAGUGUUUUUCCUCCUCCUCUUCCGGAUAACGCACUGGAUGACGAUGUGUCAGUCAAAGCCAAUCCUGCUGCGAAUCUGCGCCAGUUGUGCCGGGUAUGCUAUGGUUGUGGCAAGUUCCGCUGCUCCUCACGUCCUUCAGGCGGGACUAUACCAAGUCAUACCUGAAGAGCCUCUGCUCGUAGCCGGGGCAUUUCUAGUUUCGACUCUUCCCCUUGCAGCUGUCAGCCGUCAGCUGCUGACCUGGUCCUGGAAGCGAGGGCCAGGGACGGUAGACAAGCUUUAA